AUGUGGAUUGUGCGUCUAGUGCAGGGGAUGUAUGCCAAUGCUCGUGGCUGUGUUCGUUUUGGUGAUGGCUACAGUGAGGAGUUUGCUGUGAAGGUCGGAGUCCAUCAGGGGUCAGUACUCAGCCCUCUGCUUUUCAUCAUCGUACUAGAGGCUCUUUCCCGCGAAUUUCGCACCAGUGUUCCCUUGGAGGAUCUGUAUGCAGAUGACCUGGUUAUCAUUACUGACUCGUUGGAUGAAUGUGUCAAGCGGCUCCUGAUUUGGAAAGAAGCUAUGGAAAGGAAAGGACUGAGAGUGAAUGCGGGCAAAACCAAGAUCAUGACCCGUGGUACGGGUGUUGACCUACUUCAGGACUCGGGCAGCUUCCCAUGUGCUGUCUGUCGUACAGCUGGUGGCUGUGACCUUGCAACCACUACGCGUGUGAAGACCGCUUGGAAGAAGUUCAAGGAGCUGCUACCAGUCCUGACAUCACGCCACCUGUCGUGUAAGACCCGUGGUCGAGUGUAUAACACCUGCGUACGGAGCGCUAUGCUCCAUGCCAGUGAGAUCUGGGCACUGACCAAGCCAAAUCUUCAUCGCCUACUACGACAGAUCUGUAACAUCAAGCCUGAAGAUAUGGCCACUGUAGGUUCAACUGAAUUGCUGGGGCGGCUUGGCAUCGAUUACCUCGACCUCAUCUUAAGGGAAAGGAGACUCCGCUGGUAUGGCCACGUUGUCAGAUCCAGCAGUGCAGUCAAGUACGCUCUAAACCUACAAGUUCCUGGGAGACGUAGAGUUGGUCGGUCAAUGCUAUCAUGGAGAAAGCUGACGGAGAAAGAUCGUAGGGAAUGGAAGCUCUCUACUGCCGACCCACAAGACCGGAAAAAAUGGAGAUAUGAGGUGAGAUCUGACAUGCGUGCAGCUAGCCAGAUAUCUGGAAGGGGGCCCACUAGUGUGGAAAUAACCCGUAAUCCUGCACGGAAAUAA